CCAACAUAUAAAACAAUGUACAUUCAGACGCAGUCAAUAAUACGAAUCUAAUGUUUUAUUUGAUGCGAGAUACCAGCUGUCACGUGACAAAAGAACGAAGGACUCAGACUCGAAAGAUGAACUAAUCAUUUCUGUCUCUGCAUAGUGCUAUGGGUUUGUGAGUCUGACUUGAAGAACGAACGACUCGAAACCGAAGAGACGAACUAAUCAUUUCUCUUUCCGGUACUGACAGCAUAGUCUCUAUGGGACUGACAGGAAGAACGAAAGACUCGGACCCGGCCGAAACCGAACCAGACGAACUAAUAAUUUCUCUUUCCGGUACUGACAGCAGCAUAGUUUCUAUGGGACUGACAGGAAGAACGAAAGACUCGGACCCGGCCGAACCCGAAAACUCGCGAAAGAUGAACUAAUCAUUUAUGACUUCAUGUACCUUAUGCGAUGUUGCGCGCAUGCGCGGUCAACACAAAAUGAACGAAUCACUCUCUGAGACAACUCGGUAGUCCCGAGUCAUAUUAAAGAUUCGUUCAAAAUGAACGAAUCGUUCAUGAACGACACAUCACUACUACGCGGGCAUUUAAAUUUAAAAUGUUAUCAUGAUGAAGCGCUCAUACCCUUCAGGAUUUUCCAAAAGACAGAGAAAGAAAGAAGAAGAGGAAAAACGCCAAAGACACAGCGGUGCUUUGCUUAAAUUUCUGUCUGUGCCAAUUGAUAAUGCCACCUCUUCACAAGCUGAAGGCUGUGAUGGAACUUCAGAUGUCAACGCUCGAGACCCAGCCAGGAGCAGUCAAUCAUCAUCUCAGUUUGAGACUGACUGCGCCCCACUACUUCUUACUACCUCCACCUCCACCACUCCAGCCGAAGAAAGCUCCUCUACUUCUCCAGCAAAAGAUACCUCUACUGCUCCUGAAUCUGAAGAGGCUGCACUUACUGCAACCCUCAGUGUUGAUCCUGGGUUGUGGCCAGACGUAAUAUAUGAUGAAACUCGUUGUCAAAUUGUUAGAAAUGGACCAGUUCAAAUUGUGGACUUUGAUUUUCCUAAAAACGCUGAAGUUCCACCGAGAAGGUUCACAAAAGACAACUUUAAGAUAACGAAAAAAAUCCAGAGGUCAUGGCUUCUGUAUUCUGUGAGCACUGAUGCUGUAUUUUGUUUUUCCUGUUUACUGUUUAGUAAAAGAGACAACGCUCUAAGCACCCAUGGUUAUUGUGCAUGGAAGAACCUCGCACAUCACCUUAAAGAACAUGAAUACACAAAAGCACACACAGAGUCAGUGAAAAAGUGGCAUGAUCUACAAAAAAGUUUGCUAACUCAAACUGCCAUCGACCAAACCUACCAAAAUCUCAUGCAACUUGAAAUUGAACACCAGAAAGCAGUUAUACACAGAGUCAUAGCCAUUAUCUGUCACCUGGCUGAACAAAACCAAGCCCUCAGGGGUACAUCUAAUGUACCAUUUGAUGAUCGCAAUGGGAAUUUUCUGUCACUGGUUGAACUCAUGGGUCAGUUUGAUUCUGUGCUCAAUGAACAUUUGAAAAGAAUUAAAAACAAAGAGAUGAAAGUACACUAUCUAAGUCCAACUAUUCAAAAUGAGAUUAUAAAUUUGGUAGGAGAGAAAAUCAUUGAGGAAAUAAUGCGAAGAGUUAAACUGGCCAAGUACUACUCUGUCAUAAUGGACUGCACACCAGACCUGUCACACAAGGAACAGCUGUCAUUGGUGCUUAGAAUAGUAAACUGUGAAACAUCUGUUGGAGCAGCUAUAUCGGAGCAUUUUGUUGGCUUUUUUGAUGUUAAGGACACAACCGGAAGAGGGCUAACAGAGACUCUAGUAGGCUUCCUUCAGCAACAUGGGCUCAACAUUUCUGACUGUCGCGGCCAAUCAUAUGACAAUGGUAGCAAUAUGAUGGGCCACAAACAAGGUGUGCAGGCCAGAAUUUUGCAAAUGAACAGCAAAGCUCUGUGUGCCCUGCAGCAGUCACACACUAAAUCUUGUUGUUUCAGAUGCAGCAAAGUCAUCUGUUAUGUCUAUGUCCUUUUUUGGUUUGCUCCAACGACUCUACAAUCUGUUCAGCUCUUCAGUGCAACGGUGGGCUGUUCUCAAGCAACAUGUCACGCAGUUGACUUUAAAAAUGUUGUCAACAACCAGGUGGGAAGCUCGAAUAGACAGUGUUAAAGUGUUGCGUUACCACCUACCUGAGGUUUUGGAAGCACUGUCUUGAAAAGAGGGAUGCUGAAACAUUGUCCACUGCCAAAAGUUUGCACAGUGAAAUGAACACAUGGCGUUUCCUUUUAUGCACCAUUAUCUGGUACAAUAUUUUGUACCAGAUAAACCACAUGAGUAAACUUCUGCAGAGUCCAAAUGUUUCUCUGGAAACACUCAGAAGAGAAACAGAAGGUGUGAGAGGUUAUCUUAUGCAGUUUAGAGAAAGUGGGUUGUCUUGCUGUCAAUCAGAUGCAAUGGACAUUGCAGAGGAACUGAAGAUUGAAAAAAUACUUCCUGCAAAGAGACAGAAAAGAACACCAAAGCAUUUUGACUGUGACUCAGCAGCAGAAGAAACUCUACACAGUCCAGAAGAGGCAUUCAGAAGGGAAUUCUUUCUCCCUUUAGUAGACAUAAAUAAAUUGCAGUUUUCACUUGCAGUUUAUUGCAGAAUAAACUGCAAGUGAAAUGCAAAACCUUAGAGAAGAUGCUUCAUGACAUUGAGGCAGAGGAUUUAGUUUUGGAGGUCAGAUCAGCCAUCCAUACCUUUCCUGAUCAUGUCUCUACAUGCCCACAAGACAUGCUGAAUUACAUUUACAGUGAGGACAUGCUGGAUUUGUACAGCAAUCUCAGCAUAGCACUACGUCUCCUUCUGACACUUCCUGUCACUGUAGCUUCUGGAGAGCGAAGCUUUUCAGCUUUGAAACUGAUAAAGUCCUACCUCAGAUCAUCCAUGAGCCAAGAAAGACUGAGAGGACUGGCACUUAUAUCAAUAGAGUGCAACAUAAGGAGGUCAUUGAACAUGGAAGAUUUGGUCACUGCUUUUGUGCGAGCUAAAGUCUGCAAGCGUUGCUAAACCUCUUAAUUUUGGAUGGUUUUACAAAAAAAUCCUUGUUGUACAAAGUUGUCAAAAUAGUUUCUGUUAUACACCAUUUUAAUACCUUUCUUUUAA